UGGGGAACUCACGACUUGUCAUCGUCUCUCUCUCUCUCUCGCACACACGUCUGACAUGUCUUUGAUGAUUCAGGUACAAUCUCUCUGCCCCGUGGCAAAGAGGCACAGCCUUUAAAGGCGAUGUGUUGGACCUGUAUCGACAGACAACAACUCUAAAAGGCCUUUAUACCAUUUUGGCCACCUCUGCCUACAAGGCCGUCCUCGAUAUUAUACCCCAACCAUUAUAUUGGACUCAAGCUCAGCCCUGGCCAUUUGGACGCUCUUGUCACAAUGCAGGAUCGGACUCUUCCCCGAAAGGCGAACGGGGUUCUCCCCAUCACGGCAAGCCAAACAGCCGGCAAUACGCAAUCUUCCAACGCGACGAAAUCAGCAAAGGUCAAGACGCCUAUUGAGGGGGACAAGCUCUUAAUCCGCAGACUUCCGCCAGGCUUAACGGAGGAGGAGUUCUGGAACAUCUUGGGCCCUCAGUGGAGACCCGGCAAAGGUCUGGUCGACUGGUUCGACUUCAGAGCUGGAAAGGUGUCACAAGAUCCGGCAAAAACAUCCAAGCCUGCAAGAGUCUACCUCCACGUGAAGAAACGCGACAGCCUGACAGAGCUUUCCGAGAUUGUGCAGACCAAGGGCUGGGAAGAUGCUAAGCUCACGUACAACAACACAUGUCUAAUUGGCCCUCCUGCCUUGGAGUUUUCCAUCUACAAAAAGAUACCCGGUCCUAAGAAACGAACUGAUCCGAGGCAAGGCACGAUCGACCAAGACCCUGAGUUCAUGGCAUUCCUUCAUUCUCUUACGAAUCCCGAGCCCGAAAAGGAGACCGCUCCGAUUGACGAUAAGGCUGCAGCUGUGGCGGAGGAGAGCAAGUCUGAGACAAAGGUGAUGACGACGCCCUUGAUCGAGUACCUUAAGGAAAAGAAGGCAAAUAAAGCGAAGGAAGCCGCGGCCGCCAAGAUCUCCAAGCACAGUAGACAAGAGUCGCAGGGUGGCAAGAACAAGUCUGCGACGGACGACGUGAAGAAGCCAAAGAAGGAAAAGGAGAGCAAGACCAACAAGGUGGCUGAGAGGCCCAAGGAGACGGUGAAGAUCUUGACUAAGAAAGAGAAAGCCACUACAGAGGCUGCUAAAGCCGCAGAGACCGUAGCCAGUCAACUCACUGCAAGUGCUCAAGAGGCACCCAAGAGUCGACGAGCCAAUAUUGCCGCUGCAGCGCGUAUCCUCCAGCGAGAUCUGGGUCUUAGCCCGGGAAGUGCACACCGAAAAGCGCGUCUCAACGCAGCGAAAUCGGAAGGCGAAGCGAAGCCAACGUCAUCGAAAGAUGCAACCACAUCAUCGACGACCGAACCGUCUGCGGUUGCUGCCGGUGCCGGUGCCGGUGCUGGUGCUGGUGCUGGUACGGCCGCUGGUGCUGCCGCUGCAUCCAGCACGACCACGAAUUCGGCUGCUCCAGCCGCUUCGUCGAGCGCUCCAGCUACAAACACGGCGUCAACAAGUCAGCCUGCAGACAGGUCAACCACUCCGACGGCAUCCAAGUCAGGUCGAUCGCGCAGGGGAGGCGGAGGUAAGAACGCUAACUCAAGCGAGGCCAAGAACAAGAACGCGGACCCCGCGGCCGCCGCCCCAGCCGCACCGACUCCUGCCAAGGGCCCCAUCGUACUUCUCAAAAAGAAAGAUAAGUCACAGGCUCCAGCAGCAGAGUCGACCACCCCUGCAUCGAACUCCCCGUCAUCCGCCAAGGCGCCCGCUCCUCAACCUGGAUCCAAAACCUCUUCAGGCAGAGCGGCGGGAGGCGCUAAGAAAUCCUCGGCAACAGUGACUGCCGGUGCAAUUCGUGGCUUCGUCAAGCAUGCGAACCCCUCCCAGGGCGUCACCGAAGCGGCCCUUAGACAAGCUCUAGAGCCAUUCGGCGCCAUCACUCUGAUCGAGACCGACCGACGAAAAGGCUUCGCGUACGUGGAUUUUGCCGAGCACCAGGGACUUGUAAAAGCCGUUGCUGCCAGUCCAGUGACGGUCGGCCAGGGAGCCGUCCAAGUCAUGGAGCGAAAGGAGAAGAAGGCAACCAGUGGGGGCUCUGUUGCGCCACCGACGGCGUCAGCUCCUCCACCUGCUUCUUCGACCCCCGCGUCGGCUCAGAAAUCAGAGCAGACUACAUCCCGGCGAAGUAGGCGCGGUCGGGGCGGCGGCGGCGGCGGGAAAAAUGCACAACCUGCCGAUGGCGGCAGUCAACAGCAAGCAGGCGCGGCAACGUCUCAGUCAGGCACCAAGGCUGGGUGAGACCAUGCUCUACUCUGUAUUUGACCUUCCUUAUCUUGAUGAUAAAGUGUCAUCUCAAAAAUACUUUUGCCAAAGAGAGCUACAAAGGCUUGGCCGACGUGAAUGGCGUAUCUGGCGCCGUCGACAACUGCUACGGAGGAGGAACAUCUAUGAGCACCCACAUCGUUGUCCCCCCGCAACCGGGGUGGGAGAAUCAAAGGGCAUAACCACAGCGGGCCCUCUAUGGAGUAGUUCAUACAUUGAUGCGAUGGAU